GAAGAUUCUAUAAAAAGUAAAUGAUGUAUUAUAUAUUUAACGAGUUAACACAAAAAGAAACAAAUAAAUGACAAGUCAAGAAGUAAUAAGAACUAGUUGGAUAGAAAGAAGAGAAGAUUAAUCAAGUGAGUUUCAACAUAUGAAGAGUUUGAAAGUCAUGAAAAUGGAAGGUAAAACAAGAGAGAGAGAGAGAGUCUCGAUAACCACAAAUAGAAAUAUUAAAAGCUAGGAUGAUGAAAUACAUUCAGUAUGCGAAUCAACCAUAUCUGGUCUUAGGAUACUUAAAAGCAUUAAAACGUGUAGGUGCAGAGUCAUAAGUGCAAUCUCGUUCGAUGCUCGAAGAAACGUAGUAGUAAGUCCAGACAAAUACAGGGCCGCAGUUCUUUGCAUCAAUUCGAAUGUUCAAAGAUACACUACCGAAAGUGAUCUCGUUGUAGCUGUGUUAUAAAUAGAAUUUAGCGUUUACUCCCGCGAUUGCGGCCCUACAUCGAGGAGAGCUAUUUUCGAGAUCCAUCGCGAGUCGUUACAGUCCUCUUCUUGGUUCUAACGAGUUUCGUUCGGAAGGAGCACUGUAGUUCCUAACAAAUAAUUCACUGAAAGAGAGAGAAAGAGAGAGAGAAAGAGAGAAAGAUCAUUUACCUCGCGAAACGAGACAAACGGAUGUAUUAUUGUUUUCAAAUUUUUCCCGCUAAGUGAAUCUCUUCCCAAUAGUAUCUUCAAACAAUCAAAUCAUCUUCCUAACUCUAAUUUUCUUCUUUUCUUACACCUCUUCUUUCCCUUAUUCAAUUUUGUUCAAAGUGUAUUUUUUUUUUUGUGAUAGAAAUUUUACGUCUUAACGUACGUGAAUAAAUCAAAAUGUGUUUACAUGAAGAUAUUAUGUAUAUUGUUAUUGAAAAAAUUUGUUUCGUGUUGUCGCAUAGUAAUAUAUAUUUUCGAUAAAAACGACGCCAUUUCGUAGAUGAAAACAACGAAACUUCGAAAGAAGAUAAAUGAAAAAGUUAUUGGCGUAUAUACAUGUGACGUUAGUGUUUAUUAGUUAGAGUUUUUUCUAAUUUGAAAAGUGUUAAACGAUAUUAAAAUAUAUGAUUUCAUAUGAUGAACGUUUUAAUAAUAAUUUGACGUAUAAAUUGUCAUUAUAAAGUUAUUUGUUUGAUGCCGUGUCAUUUGAAUUUACUGUAUAAGCUUGUGCAUGAGUUUAUAAGAUUUGUUAAAGUUUUGACAAAAGUAUAAGACAACAUAGAGGAUGUUCAGUUCCUUAAGAUUGGCGACGAUGAGGUCGCACAAAAGUCGAGCCAGACCUGGUAGCGUAGCCACGUCGGCAAGUUCAGAUUCCGGUAGGGCAGAGGAAGUACCCCCACUUCUUUUCCAUCCCCCAAGUUUUUUGCUUCUCGACGAACAAGACGGCAAUAUAUCGUCACCGUCAAGUGUAUCAUCUAAAGUUGCACAAGUCAGAGUAGAACGUGAGGGUGGGAGCCUUGGUGUCACUCUUCGCGGUGGAGUUUCCAGAGCUCUCGUUGUCACAGGAAUGAAAGCGGAUGGUCCAACUGCAAAAGAAGGAAGAGUUAGACCUGGUGACAGAUUACUUGCGGUCGAUGAUACCGAAUUAAGCGGUUUAUCUUUAGCCGAAGCUCAAAGAGCACUUAGAAGAAGUUCAGAUUCACCUGUAGCUUCUUUGACCAUCGAAUAUGAUGUUGCCAACAUGGACGAAGCUCGAGCAGCAACGUCUGGUCCACUUUUGGUCCAGCUCGAACGUGGACUCUCAGGAGAACUAGGUUUAACCGUAAGAGAAAUAUCUAACGGAGUUUACAUCGAGAGUCUUCGACCAGCAAGUACAGCAGAUCGUUGUGGCGCGUUACAACCAGGAGACAAACUUUUAGCGGUAGACGAUACACCGGUACAGGAUGCUGUCACGGCAGCUAAAUUAUUGAGAAAUACUUCGGAGAAUUGUCGUAUAGCAAAAUUACAGAUUCUACCAAGACUACAAAGUACAUCAGCGAGAACGGUUAAAAGAAGAGCUCAACCACAGGUGCAACAAAGCUCGAAUCAAACCUUGCAAACGAAGGAAAGUUUGACGGUAAUACUUCGACCCGAUCAUAGAGGUUUUGGUCUCGCAUUGAAACAAACGGAAGAUCGUAUGAAUUAUGUGAUCAAUUUUUUGGAAGCUGGUGGUCCCGCUGAACAAAGUGGCGUUUUAUUACCCGGUGAUCGAGCAAUCGCUAUUAAUCGUACUAUAUUACGCGAUUUAAAACCUACCGAUGUGGCUGAUAUUUUAGAAAAUUCACAAAUGAUUGAACUUGUUACUGAGUACAAGGUGGGUGGUCCAGUUGUACCUAAUUCUGGUGUUUUUACUGUAAGAGUUGCAAGACCUCUUGGUGGCCAUCCUGAUUUAGGACUUACUGUAAACGAAGAUUUAGUAAUUACCGAAGUCCGUAAAGGUUCUCUCGCAUAUAGAACAGGUAGUUUAGCAUCGGGAGAUCGCAUAUUAGCUAUUGACAAUCAAAAAUUAGAUGCCGGUGAUCUGAGACAAGCUGCACAAUUACUUCACCGACCUGGAAGUUCUGUUGUUGCUUUGACUGUAAGAAAAUCAGAUCCACUUUCGGAAACAAGAGAUUAUUGUAAAGAAUCAAGUAUAGGAAGUGAUACAGUACCAACUCAGUAUCCUCCAACUAUUUUACGUUCUGCCAGGGAAAGUUUGCCAAGUGUCGAUAGUGCGGUGGAUUCUUGGGGAGAAUUAGGAGAAAGUAGCGGAGCAGGCCCAGAAAUAUUGAGACUGUGGGAUGCGGUUUCUGUGGACAGUGGACAAUUAGAUCCUCCUACACCACCUUAUCAAAACUCUCAAGAACAUGGGGUAUCAGACAAUAGACCUCAACAAAUAAUACACGUAUCAUUGCACAAGGAUCCAGUUUAUGAAGACUUCGGAUUUUCAGUUUCCGAUGGACUUUACGAACGUGGCGUAUAUAUUAAUCGUUUGAGACCCGGUGGACCUUGCGACGGAGUAUUACGACCCUACGAUAGAAUUCUACGUGUAAACGAAGCAAAUACAGAAGAUUGCGAUUGUUGUUUGGCCGUACCAUUGAUCGCCGCUGCUGGUCCACGUUUAGAUUUAACUGUGGCUAGGCCACUAUCAUCACCUCAGGACAUCGUCAAAACUUUCUAGGGCGUAAUGAUAAAGUAGUUUAUUUAAUAUGAAUGAUGAUGGCUGCUGCGAUACUAAUAUCUCUGGUAUAUUUUUGUACGCAUGUGUUUAUUUAUAUAAAAAAAUAAAUUUAUACUAUA